GCAACAUGAAGAUCCUCACUCCAGAAGAUGCUCAAGCUUAUUCACAAGCAACAAUAUCCGGUGGAAUAAAAGGUUCUCUACUCGGUGUUUCUUUAUGGGUCCCACUACAUUACACCCUUUUACGUCGAUCUGUCCAAUAUCGUGCUCUUCCCUUACCAUUAAAAGCUUUCGGAGCUGUGGUGGUGGUUUUACCAUGUAUCAGUAUAACUGCUGAGAAAGCUGGAGAAGCUUAUGAGAGAAGUCAAUGGACUGGAAUUGGGAAAAGGGAAUUAGAUUCGAAAGCUCAGAGAGAAGAGGAAAGAUGGGAGAGGAUGUCUAUUCAAGAGAAAGUUAAAGAUUGGACAGGGAGACAUAAAUAUGGUGUUAUUGCUGGAGGUUGGGCAGCUUCCAUGGGAUUGGCAUUUGGUAUCGUAGCUCGAUCACCUAUGACCUUUUCACAAAAGCUCGUUCAGGCUCGUAUGUGGGCUCAAGGUCUCACCGUCGCGGUUUUAGUAGGAUCCGCCGUCGUCGCUGGAACUUCUACCGCAGAGGAAGAAGAAGUUGGACAGAGGGAAGAUCAUUCGUGGCGGGCUAUACUCGAGGAAGAAGGUGUUCUCAAACCAGGAGAGAAAGACAUUCCUCCCGUUCACCCAGCUCAUCCUGUCCAUCCCGCUGCACCUCACAAACCAGCCCCUGUCGCUGUUCACUAAGGGGGUGCUGCGCCUACGCCCUAUGCACCUAGGACAUUCAAUAGACACUUCCUUGUCAUCUACCACCCAAUGUCUGCUUCAUGUGAUGCAUGUCCGUGUCGCACUG